CAAACUCGCUCUUCUUCUUCUUAUUUCUCCUGAUGUGUUUUCUCUCUGCUUAGGUCUUCAUCGAGAAGAAAAAAAGAAAGAAAACCCAUUUCUCUCUCAUCAGACCAGCUUGCAACUUUUGAUGGUAAUUUGGAAAAUAUAGAUGGUCUUGCCGUGGGACUUUGCAAUUGGUCUUAAUCCUUAUGGAGUUCUUAAUCCUUAUUGAGUUAAGAUAGAUCCGGGAAAAAGCUUUGAAGAAUGGUACGAUGGAUCAACCAAGGACAAAUAAGCAGUUUCAGUACAAUCCCAUGGAACCUGGAAAUGAGGAGUUACAGUCCUCAUCUCAGACACUUAUGUCUGACACUUUUAGCAGCACACAUCCUAAUACAAGGACCCCUAAUCCAAAUGUAUCAGAAGUUAAACCUGGGCUUAAUUUCUCUAUACAGACAGGUGAGGAGUUUGCCCUUGAGUUUAUGCGUGAUCGAGUGAAUCAGUGGAAGCCUUUGCUUCCCAAUACUGUGGGUGAUCCCAACUAUGCAACAGGUUAUAUGGAACUAAAGGGUAUGUUGGGUAUCAGCCAUACAGGGUCUGAGAGCGGGUCAGAUAUUUCAAUGCUCACAAUGGCUGAGAAAGGUCCAACACAGUUUGAGCCAAAAAGCACGUCAUUGCACGAAGAUAGAAGUAUCUAUGCAUCAGUUCAAUCAGUACCACGCUCGUCCUCUGCCUAUGAGAGCAGUCGAGGGGUUAUUCAAGGCCAUGGCUCUUCUAGUGCCUCCGAUAGCUCAUCAAUGAAGAUGAAGGUUCUUUGUAGCUUUGAUGGUAAAAUUCUACCCAGGCCUAGUGAUGGGAAGCUCAGGUAUGUUGGAGGUGAAACACGAAUUGUCCGUAUAAGAAAAGACAUUUCGUGGCAGGAACUUACCCAGAAAAUUCUUUCAAUUUAUGACCAAACUCAUGUCAUUAAAUAUCAGCUACCUGGAGAGGAUCUUGAUGCCCUCGUUUCCGUCUCCUGCGAUGAGGACCUGCAGAAUAUGAUGGAAGAAUGCAAUGAACUAGAACGUAGAGAAAGCUCGCAAAAGCUUAGGAUUUUUCUGUUCUCUAUGAGUGAUUUUGAGGAUGCUCAGUUUGGCCUUAGUAGCGUGGAUGGUGAUUCUGAGGUUCAUUAUAUGGUUGCUGUCAAUGGCAUGGACCUUGGUUCAAGAAGAAGCUCAAUUUUGCGUAAUUUGGCGAACUCCUCAGCAAAUAAGUUAGAUGUGUUAGGUAGACAGAACAUUGAAAAAGAGAAAAAUAUGGCUACUGUAGGCCCAACAGAAGUGAGCAAUGCAGUGUUGACAAGCAAUAUUGUAUCAUCGUUAGUUAGCCAAUCUCUAGAACCAAUUAUACCAAGUUCCUCGAAUGCUUAUGAAAGUCAUCCUCAGUUUUUUAAUGGCCAGACGAUGCAUCAUGGAGAAAAUUUGCAAUACCCGCUGCACAAUGGCCAUGUUACUUAUAGUCAUGCCCCUUUCAUAGAUGGUUCAGUGCAGCAAGCCAGUAACCCUGAAAAGGUCUUCCCCGCGGGGAAAGAGAACUUUGCCCCUUUACAAGAAUAUUCUACUGAUCAAAAAGGCCUUUUACAAUGA